AUGACAGACACAUCGACAUCAGCCGCCAUGUGCAGCCACAAACCCACCGACACGCCCGACCAAUCCACCCUCCUCCAAGCGAUCCUCACUGAACUCCAGCAACUCAAGGCGAAUCAGUCCGUCUUCGAGCACAAGCUCGAAUCGCUCGCUCUUGCCCCCACCUCUCCCUCGUCGCCUCCCUCGCUCGCGUCCAUCCCGCCUCUGAAUGGCUUCUCGAGCGACCAGCAAGUCACUGCGACUCCCUUGAUCAAGGCGACCGAUACGCCGCUUUCGCCUUCGUUGCCGGCGAGGAAGGAUGCUGCUCAGUCGACUUGGGGCUCGCGCGUGAUCUUGACCACCUACCCGGGCCAAGUUGGCAUCAACCCCAUCCCGCUCAAGUGGGGAGCCGCGACCCCUGAGGAGCGCGGACCCGUCGUCGCCUCUCGUCAGCCCAAGUCGCUCAAGGUCCGCAACGCGAUUGGCGCCUACUCUGGCUCGUAUUCGAUCUACCGCGCUCUCGCGGCCGCAUCGGGCCUCAUCGACCCGAAACACAAGCCAGACUACACCAACACCGAGCCGCCCGUCACGAUCCCUCACAGCCCUUCCUGGGACGACAAGACCAAGAUCGUCGCGCUCGACCCGUACGGCCACCUCGUUCCUACCGCUUACAAGUCGUAUCUCGACGCUGGCAUCGACGCGCGCCCGACGAUUGCCAUCACCCGUGCGCACAUCAAGCUGAACGACUUUGACGACGCAGUCAAGGCGGGCGACCUCGAGGUCGACGGCAAGAUUGUCGUUCAUUGCCCGACCGAGUGGAUCAACCAGAACCGCAUGGAGUCGGCUGCGGCAAAGACGGCGAGGGCGGCGGACGAUGCGGCGACGAAGCACAUCGCGAGUGCGCAGUUCGAUGCGGGCGUCGAGAUCAACGUCUCGAAGGCGGCGGUCGAGCCCGUGUGGUACCUGCCAGGAGUUGCGGAGCGUUUUGAAAUCACCGAGGGACACCUGCGACGUGCGCUUUACGAGGAGUGUGGAGGAGCGUACCCGGAGCUCAUGACCCGUCCCGACCUCAAGAUCUUCCUCCCUCCCAUCGGCGGUUUGACCGUCUACAUCUUCGGCAACCCCGACUACCUGCGCGACGAGACGAAGGAGGUGACGGUGCGCGUGCACGACGAGUGCAACGGUUCGGACGUCUUUGGCUCCGACAUCUGUACCUGCCGACCGUACCUCAUCUUCGGCAUGAUGGAAGCGAUCAAGUGUGCACAGCGCGGUGGUGUCGGCGCUGUCAUAUACCACCGCAAGGAAGGCCGCGCUUUGGGUGAAGUCACCAAGUACCUCGUCUACAAUGCGCGCAAGCGUGGCGGAGACAACGCGCAGGACUACUUCCGCCGUACGGAAGACAUUGCGGGCGUCAAGGACAUGCGCUUCCAGGCUCUCAUGCCGGACGUCCUGCACUGGCUCGGCAUCAAGCGCAUCGACAACAUGAUUUCGAUGAGCGACAUGAAGUACGACGCGAUUGUCAACUCCGGCAUCCCCAUCGUCAACCGCUACGAGAUCCCCGAGGACUUGAUUCCGCCUGACAGCAAAGUCGAGAUAGACGCCAAGAUCUUUGCGGGCUACCACUCGACGACCAAGGUCACCGACCUCUCGAAGACUGCGGGACGCCUGUGGGAGGAUCUGGCGCACUAA